AUGAAUGCAUUAAUUGGAUGUAAUAUGAUAAUUAAGAAUAAGAAUCAAAUACCUUGGAAAGCUGCUAUUGAACGGUUGGAAUUUAAAAAGCGAUCUUGUACAACAUUCAUUCCAAAAGAAACAAAUAAAAAAUGUUGCGUUUGCAAUUAUACUCAUUCAAAAAGUGACGUCCCACAUGAAAAUGAAGUGUGGAAUCGGAAAAUACACACAAAGCAAGAAGUUACUAAUUGUUAUGGAAUAUUACCUCAAUCAACUAGUCCUUAUUUACGAUGUGAUGUUGAAACAGACCUUGAACAACUUUGUUUCGUAUUGUUGGGUGUAUGGGAUAUGACCAUUCCUGGUCUUAUCAUGCGAAUGAUAGGCGAUAUAGAUACAACACCAAAUAUAAAAAUAGAGAAAGAACUUUUACAAAGUAUUUCUGAUGCAGCUGUUGCAUCUGAUGCCUGGAUUAUUACAAAUGGAUACAAAGAAGAGAGUAUUUCAGAAUUAGUUGGUGAAGUAAUGUACAAUUGUCGAAUGAAUAAUUCUCACAUAAAUUUCAGCGCAAUUGCCGUUGGUAAAUGGGGGAAUAUUCAUAAUCGUCACAAAAUUGAGGAGAGAAAUCAUAGCACACCGUUUACAAUGCAGAAAGGUCAUGGACGAUAUAAGCAAGAAUUAAAUCAUACAGAAUACGUAUUUUUCGAUGAUGGUACAUGUGAUUCAUUGGAUACAGGAGAAUUCGCUUCAAACUUCGCUCGGCAAAUAUCACGUGGAGCAAGACGAAGAAUACCGCUGAUUACGAUUCUUAUCGGCGGUACUCCUCAUUCACUUUCAUCGAUAUACACUGAUUUGAAAAGAUUAGUUCCAGUUGUAGUUGUUAACGGAUGUGGACCAUUGGCUGAUAUAUUAUAUAAAUACUUGAAGUUAACCGAAGGUUCUUAUAAAUUACCCAAAAGUGAUGAUCAUGGUGGAACAUUCAAUGAAUCUGAAGAUGAUUUGGAUAUAGCAACAAUUAAUGAAACAUUUGCAGUAGGUGAUGAUGAUGAUAAAGAAACUGAAGCUUCAUCAACUAAGAAAACAUUAAAAGAAAUGUUGCGAUUACUUGGUAAAUUUCGUCCCGAUUUCGUUAAAGAUGUACGAAACCUUUAUAAUGUUGUACGGCAACAAAAUUAUGAAACUCAAGGUAAAAGAUUACCUGUGGGUGAAUUAUUAAGUUUGGAGGAAGAAAAAGCUCUUGGAAAAUAUUUAUAUCAAAUGGCGAGUUGUUUAAAUGCUCCUUUUCGAGAUAAUAUUCAUAUUUUCAAUAUCGAUUCAUCAAAACCUCUCAAGGAAACAAUUUACUAUGCAUUUGUUAAAGCACGAGAUAAUCUUUCACAGACGAAGAAAAAAUUUCAUAAAACUAUCGAUGAACAAUUACAUUUGGCACUUCGAUGGAGUAUUGGUGAUACAACUGAAAAUCAAUCAGCAACUACUAAAAAGCUUUGGAAUGAUACCAAUAAAAUUAAACAAAAUCGACUGCUCUUGAUUGAUGCACUUAGCAAAAAUAUGCUCAUGUUCGUCAUGAAUUUUAUGAAACUUGACAUCGAUUUUGCCGUUUUAUUUCGUUCUAAUGAUACUCAAUCGACAGAAGCUGCUACUCAUUGGUCUGAUAAAUAUCAUUAUUUACAAGAAUUAUAUUCGGAUACAAAGCGCAGAAAUAAUGAUCCAUUGUAUUUAUUGGAUAAGAUCAGUUCGGACUUCACUUUUACAGAACAAAACCAUUUAGUAAUUGUAUUAGAAAAACUUGUAGGUGAUUUUAUGCGUCCACUGUAUGACAGUCAACCAAAAAGAGAUGAUGAUAAAAAGAAUACAGAUGAUAGUACAGAGAAUACAGAUGAUGACACAGAGAAUACAGAUGAUGAUAUAGACAAUACAGAUGACGAUAAAGAGAAUGCAGAUGCUGAACAUAUUUAUCGUGAUCUCUUUCUUUGGUGUAUAUUAACCUAUCGACUUGAUAUGGCUAAAAUCUUUUUAAGUCAAUUAAAAACUCGUAUUUGCUCAGCAUUGAUUGCUUCGAAGAUUCUUAAAUCAUUAGCAACUUAUGCACCGGAUCAAGUUGCAAAAGAUACAUUGUUUGCUAAAGCGAAUGAAUUUGAAACUCAUGCUAUUGAAUUCGUACGAUGUGCUUAUAUUUAUGAUAAACAUGAAGCAUGCGAAUUGAUUAUGCGACGUACGAAUCUCUAUGGAGGUGUAACAUGUCUUCAAAUGGCUGUUGCUGCAGAUAACAAAAGAUUUAUACAUGAAGAUGCUUGCCAAGCUUUAUUAACGAAUAUAUGGUAUGAUAAAGUUGAUCCUGUUCAAGAACAACAAAGUCUUGUUAUUAAUAUACUUACAUUUGGAAUUUCUCAAUUUUUUAUAUCGAUUUAUCUCAAGUAUUUUUCCGAUUAUGCUAGUGUGAAGCCGGAAAGUCAUGUCAUUAAACACGAACGUCCAAAACGAGAUUAUUAUAUGCUUUUUGCAUUCUUUCCAUUGUCAAAAGAGCAUCCCAAUAUUCAUUGGACUGAAAUAUUAACUAUCAUUACUGUAACUACCAUGCUCUUUGAAGAAAUUCGACAGUUAUUAUCUCAAGACAAUCAAUCAUUAAUUGGCAAGAUUCGAUCAUAUUUUGAUUUGAAUAAUCGAAUAUCGAAUUUAUUUUUGGUUCUACCAGCAUAUCUUCUAUUCUAUCUUGGACUUGCACUUCGUUUUACACAAAAAGAUACCCAAAGUUUUCUAUCUGCACGAAUAGUGAUGGCUUUAGAUUUAGAAUUAUCAUUUAUUCGUUCGGUUUUAUUCAUCGGUAUUGCUUCACAUCUUGGUCCUAAAAUUGUGAUGAUUCGAAAAAUGACCAAUGAUCUUAUUUUAUUCAUUAUCGUCAUCGUUAUAUUUAUUUUCGGUUAUGGAGUUUCAUCAAGAUCUAUGACAGCUUAUGGUAGCAUUGAUUUCAAAGGUCGAAAUAUUUUUCGUGAUAUAGUCUAUCCUGUUUAUUAUUUUGUUCAUGGUAGCUUCGAUAAUGAACGUACACAAUUGGAAGCUACACCGGAUUCUGGUACGACUAUAGUCACACAAAUCAUAUUUGCUUUUCAUAUGCUUUUUGUUAAUAUACUAUUGAUUAAUUUACUGAUUGCUUUAUUCAGUUUUACAAUAAAUGAUAUUCAAACACAAGCACGUUAUAUUUGGGCGUACGAUCGUUGUGACAUUAUUCGUACUUAUCAUGCCCGACCAGCGUUGUUUCCUCCAUUCACAUUUCUCAUUUCAAUUAUGCAAUGUUUUCAAUGGUGUUGGAGAAUAUUACACAGAAUUCGUAAUGCAAAUAAAAUGCCUUAUGAAGAACAAUCUCAAUGUUUCAAAAUGAUCCCAAUCAAUGAUGAUGUCGAUCAUGCGUGGUCAGAAUUUGAACGAUAUUCAACCAAUGGUUACAUUCGACAAUUACUCGAUGAUCAAGCUACUGUACUUAUCAAGGGAACAACUACAGAUAUUACGUCUGAAUCUUCAUCAAACAAUGCUGAUGAAUUAAAGCGUAUCAAAAUUCUCGUACUUGAUAUUCAAAAGGAUCUAGAAGACUCAAAAAUAGAGAAUAACGAUAAGUUAGAGUCAAUGAAAUCUACUAUUACUGAUCUUCAAACACGCUUUGUUCAAAUGGAAACUCGUUGUGAUCGAUGGAUCAUGGAUAUGAAAGAAAUAACAGCAUCAAUGAAUUGGAUAAUGAUGGCAACGGCAAAUGCACAAAUGGGUGAAUCAGAGCCUCCACUCAUUACAGACAAAUCAAGAACCAGUUCAAUUAGUCAAAAGCAAUCAAGUGAUAUUAUUUAUAAUCGAUCUAAUCAGCAAUUAAAUAAAGAAUAUACAACAGCAGGACAACCAUUGUUACAACAAGAGCAAUCAGCAACACCUGAAGUUCGUAUUGAAAUGGCUCUUCGAAAAAACAAUAAUAAUGUUGUUUAG